GAUCCCGGGUUAUUCUUGUGCUUCCACCAUCUCCGUCCUCGCGUCCGCUGCCAAUCCCUCGCACGCCGUUCGCCGGACUGCCUGACCAACCAUGGGCCUACUAACAAUCAUACGGAAGAACCGGCAGAAGGAGAAGGAGAUGCGCAUACUGUUCCUCGGCCUCGAUAACGCGGGGAAGACGACCAUCCUGAAGAAGCUGAAUGGAGAGGAUAUUAUGGGUAUCAGUCCGACACUGGGCUUCAACAUCAAGACCUUCGUCCAUCGCAAGUAUACCCUGAAUAUAUGGGACGUUGGCGGUCAGCGCACACUGCGACCAUAUUGGCGUAACUACUUCGAGCAAACGGACGCGCUAGUCUGGGUCGUCGACUCGGGCGAUCGCCUGCGAAUGAACGAUUGCAAGGAGGAAUUGCACGGGCUCUUGCUCGAAGACCGACUGGCCGGUGCGUCUCUGCUCAUCUUCGCAAACAAGCAGGACCUGCAGGGCUCGAUGAGCAGUACAGAGAUCCGAGACGCUCUUGACUUGCUCUCCAUCAAGUCUCACCGAUGGAAGAUCCUACCUUGCAGCGCAAUGACCGGCGAAAACCUUGUGGAGGGUCUCGACUGGGUCGUCGACGAUGUGGCAGGUAGGCUGUACUACUCCACGACCACCGAGGAUGCGAUGCCUCGCCAGGGGGCGAGUCCCGUCGUUGUACAUUAAAUGUAUCUGUAAUACCUCUGACAUUUUUUCGAGCUUCUGGCUAUGUGAUAUGCCAUGAUGAGGCUGGUUUGUAUCGAACCCGACGCACAGUGCAUGCGUAGGACCAUACUUUCACUUACUACUCUAUGUGUGACUCAGUCCAAAUGAGCUGUGUACGAUAGUAAGGC